CGGGACCGCGCGGGCCAAAUGGGCGGGGCCGGAGGGGGCGUGGCCGGAGGGGCGUGGCCCGGCGCGCGCGGCCGCCAUGGGGCUGCUCACGAUCCUGAAGAAAAUGCGGGAAAAGGAGCGGGAGCUGCGGCUGCUCGUGCUGGGAUUGGACAACGCCGGGAAGACGACGCUGCUGAAGCGGCUGAACGGGGAGGACGUGGGGGGCACCUCCCCCACCCUCGGCUUCAACAUCAAGACCCUCGAGCACCGCGGGUUCCAGCUGCACGUGUGGGACGUGGGUGGGCAGAGCUCCCUGCGCUCCUACUGGCGCAACUACUUCGAGAGCACGGACGGGCUGGUCUGGGUGGUCGACAGCAGCGACCGGCAGCACCUGCAGGUCUGCGGGGCCGAGCUGCGCGCCCUGCUCAGAGAGGAGCGCCUGGCCGGGGCCACCCUGCUCGUGUUCGCCAACAAACAGGACCUGCCCGGGGCGCUGCCUGCAGGGGCCAUCAGACAGGCCCUGGACCUGGACUCCAUCCGCAGCCACCGCUGGCGCAUCCAGGGCUGUUCGGCCUUCACGGGCCGGGACCUCCUGCCCGGCCUGGACUGGCUGCUGGACGACAUCGGGGGGCGUCUGUGCCCCCCAGACUGACCCCCCCCUGUCCCCCCGCGUCGGGUUUGGGGUGUCUGUGCCCCCCAGACUGACCCCA